GCGUGUCCGGGGCGUGGCUUUCUUGUCGUGGUUGUGUCACUCCGGGGCUCCGGGCGGGCGGAGUCGCUCCGCGAUGGCGGCGGACGGGGACUGGCAGGAUUUCUACGAGUUCCAGGAGCCGGCGCGGAGUCCCCCGGACCCGGAGCGCCGCCCCGCGAGCCCCGAGGAUGGGCCGGGCCCAGGCGGCGGCUUCCGCGCGCUGGCCUGCAGUCUGGAGGAGCAACUGAGCCUGUGCUUCCGCCCCGCCGCGCCCGCCGCUGAGCACCCCCGGGCGGCAGUGCGGCCCAUCAGCGAGCGCGGCCUGCUGCAGGGGGACGAGAUCUGGAAUGCCCUGACGGACAACUACGGCCACGUCAUGCCCGUGGACUGGAAGUCCUCACACACCAGGGCCUUACACCUGCUCACGCUCAACCUCUCUGAGAAGGAGAUGAGUGACAAUCUUCUGUUUGACCCAUCGGAGGAGGAGGAGCUGCGGGAACAGCUGGACAUGCAUUCCAUCAUCGUGUCCUGCAUCAACGAGGAGCCCCUGGUCACCGCUGAGCAGGUGAUUGAAGAGAUUGAGGAGAUGAUGCAGGAGUCUCCGGACCUGGAGGAUGAUGAGACACCCAUGCAGCCUGAACGCCUCUCCAUGCUGUCCCAGGAGGUCCAGACUCUGAAGAGGUCAAGCACCAGCAGUUAUGAAGAGAGGGUGAAGCGACUGCCCAGCUCGGAGCUGAAUGAGCUGCUGGAGGAGAUUGAGGCCGCCAUCAAAGACUUCUCAGAGGAGCUGGUACAGCAGCUGGCCCUGCGGGACGAGCUGGAAUUCGAGAAGGAGGUGAAGAACAGCUUCAUCUCCAUCCUCAUCGAAGUGCAGAAUAAGCAGAAGGAGCACAGAGAGUCGACCAAGAAGAAGAAGAAGCUCAAGAAUGGCGGCAGCCAGAAUGGCGGCCCGAAUGGGAAGAGCGAGAGAGGCCACAUGCCGGGCACGCGCUUCAGCAUGGAAGGAAUCUCAAAUGUCAUUCAGAAUGGUCUCCGCCACACCUUUGGAAACUCAGGUGGAGAGAAACAGUACUUGACAACAGUCAUUCCUUAUGAGAAAAAAAAUGGACCUCCAUCUGUUGAAGAUCUUCAGAUAUUGACCAAAAUUCUCCGUGCCAUGAAGGACGACAGUGAGAAGGUGCCCAGCCUGCUGACUGACUACAUACUGAAGGUCCUGUGCCCCACCUAGUGUCGCGCCUCCCUCCUGCGGAGCAGCCUUCUCUGUGGGGGACCCUGAGCCAACUUCCCAGAGCAUCACUCUGCCAGCUGGCCGUUGCCACCGCUCCUGCCCCUGGACAUGCAGCACACCUGGACUUGGGCUUGCCUCUCCGUAUUAGCAGGUGGCGCCUGCACUAAAUGUUCUCGUCCUGGAACCUUCUAGGGCCCUCUGGAUCCUAGCGAUGUGCUUCUGUGAGACAGCCAGGAACUCAGCCCCAGUACUGCCCGGUGGGGAGGACUGUGAGCUGCCUGUGUCACCUGCCACCCAGGGCCUCGUCCCUGUGUCCGGCUUGCUAGAGUGAAGCCCGGCCAUGCUCAGCAGAGUGGCAGCACCAGCACUGAUCUUGAGAGAGAACUGACAGUAUACACAUUACCUUCCAGUAUUUUCCAGAGUGUGGAACUGUUGACUGCAGAACUGAAAGGCAGAAUGUACCUCUUCUUGCUUAAAUGCGUAGUGGACAAGGAAAUGGUGGAAUGGGACUGUGUUGAGUGGUUGAGGCCUCCCAUCCCUCCUGUGCAAACCCUGACCAAUGGCUUCUGUUUGCCUUCAGGACCUCAGCUGCCUCCCUCCCGUGUGGUCCCCAGGGGUCUGUGGAAGGUAUCUGCACCCUCACAGGUGGCCGUGGCCUGCCAUCACCCCCUGCCACCCUGCUCUGUUUUACUCAUGCGUGCUUUCCUGCGGUGGGGGUUGGCCCUAGGACCCACUGCCCCUAAGCACUGAGUGUCAGGAGACACUGCAUCUCCUGCCAGGUGAAUGCCCUCUAAUAAAUGGGGGGAAAAGUCACGUGUGCCCGAGAGCUUUGUUUCUGAGAACAUUUGCCGUAACUUGUGAUGUGGUUUUUUUUUUUGUUUUUUUUUUUGUUGUUCCCUUUCUUCCUUGCAGGGAUGUGCUAGGUUCUUUCCUUUCCCUUCUCCCAGGGUGUGUGGUGCUGCCCUGGCUGUGAGGCCAUUUUUCUUGGGGUCUCUUGGGCCUCCCUUCCUCCCCAAACCUGAAAAGGUCAUCUGUUUAUUCACAGACACCCUCACCCCUAACUUCCCUUUGAGGUGGGGAAGCAAACAGAUUCAAACAGUAGAACUCAGAAUGCACUCCCAAGUGCCAUAGAUCUAUUUUAUUCUUCAGGAAAUUAUAUAUAUAUAUAUUUUUUCUCUUACAAGAGCACAACAGGAACCGAAGUAAAAGAGUAAAUAGAUACAGCACUCAGGAUAAAUCAUAUCUUUAAAAUAAUAAUAAAAAAAUUUACACCUUGUCCUAUAUCCUGUUAGUAUUUUCAUAAUAUGGCCAUGAUUGGGAAAAAAAAAAAAAAAAGCAAGCAUUUACAUUUUUUUUUUUUUUUUGGCUAAAGACUUUCUAAUGCCAGGAAUGGGUUAAUUGUUAACAAAAUUUAAUACUAAUCAGGCUGAUGUAAAUCUACUUUGGUAACAUACCAUUAACAAAUUUAUUUUGGAAAUAGAUAAAAAAUAUUGCCCCUAGAUAAUAAAUCUUUUUUUUUUUUCUUUGAUGCAAACAGCUAGAACACUUUCUUCUUUUUUUCUUUUGUUAUUCUAAGACAAAAGGGUUAAUCUUCAGAUUAAUAAAUUAGGUCAUAAUAAUAAUAAAUUAAUUUUUUUAAAGUUCAGCAACCUCUGUCCAAGUAUUUACAACAAUACUUGAAAGUUCCUUUAUAAAACAGAGCACAUUUUCUUUUCACAUUAAGCAUACUGGGUAUCUGCCUUUCACAACAAGCUUUUUUUUUUUUUUAAAAGGAAAAAAAAAAUCAAUGCACAAGUGGGUAAUUAGUAUAAAAGUGCUAAGAGCUGUUUGAAAAGUUAACACUAUAGUAUACAGUCAGUUAUAUUUGAGGCAAAACUACAACAAACUUCCAGCUUAUUAUGGACAAUAUUCCAGUAGUUGUUUCAAACGGUUGUUUGAAGAAGGAGGGGAAAAAAAAAAAAAACAAGAAAAAAAAAAAACAUCCAGGAGCUGAUUAGUGAUGUUAAAACAAUGCCUUCAGUGUGUCUGAGCAGUGAGAAAUCUGAAUUGAAAACUGAAUGGAAGGAGGUUCUAAAUGAGGUGCCCUCUUCACCCCCAUACCCUCCCACAACUGCAGACAGAAUGUGAGUCAACUGAACAUUUGCAAGUGAUCAAAAAAAAAAGCACUGAUAUGGAAUGCCUGUUUGUCUUGUU